AUGGGAAAAGAUAAAGAAGAGGACGAUGAAAUACCUCCGCCGAAACAGGAGCAGUCUGAAAAUCUUUUGAAAAAGUACGACAUACCCGUGGAGCACUUGUCAUUCGAGUACAUUAAAGAAUGCAACGACGCCAAGGAAAUCGAGAGGAUCGUUCGAAUAUUACGAUCCGGCGAAGAGGGAUGUUACCCGGAUCUGACGAGAUGCGCCGAGGAGCGGCUGGGCCAGUUGAAGCCGCGGAGUCGUUUGCUGUACGACCCUAAACCGGUGACGUCGCGCUCGAUGCUCGGGCCGGACGAGCGCAAGCAAUUGGACAGCGAGCUGGACAGCUGGACGAGGGAGAUGAGGACGCGCGAGUACGACCUCGAGGAGGAACGCGGCAGCGCGAACGAGACGCAGAGGCCGCCGAUACCUCGGCCCGCCAUCAGGAGGAGUCCCCGCGAGCCCAACAAGCUGGGAGCGGACUCGCGCGACGAGGCGGCCAAUGCCAAGGAGAGAAGGCGCCUGGCCAGUUGCGAUUACGCCGCCUGGGACAGGUACGACGCCGAGACCGAGGUCAGCAAGAUCGAUUUGCGCGCCGAGAGGGAGCUCGCCGAGGCCAAGAGGCUGCAGGAGAAGCGCAAGCACGAGUUGGCCAGCAAUCGCAAGGAGGUCGCUAUUGAAAAGUCUUUGCUGACUGGCACCGAGCUCAGCGUCAUGGCCACGCGGGAGCGCGAAAAAGGCAACGAAGCCUUUCGCGCGGGCGACUACGCCGAGGCCCUUCAGCUCUACACGACCAGCAUCGCCAUGGAUUGCGACAUCGCCGCGUACAACAAUCGCGCCAUGACUCACAUAAAAUUGCGUAAUUACGAGAAAGCUAUAAAAGACUGCCAAACGGUCCUCGAAGCGGACAGCAUGAAUGUCAAGGCACUGCUGAGAAGAGCUUUAGCUUUUGAGCAUCUUGAGAAGAGCAAAGAAGCCAUAAAGGAUUACGAGGCUGCGCUCAAUGUCGAUCCCAAUAAUAAGACGGCGAUCGCAGCUUUAAAUAAGCUCAAAAAAUACGACGAUGAUACGGAUUCCGUUAGACUGACCAUCGAAGAAAUAUAUGACUAGUGAUACGACGAUAUCGUUUUAAUUAUCCAGCAGUAUUACAAGUAUUUAUAAAACUAACUUGCAAAACUAGUCCUAUCGAUUAAGAUUUAUUUUUAUUUUCAUUUUUAAUGUUUAUUGCGUGUCAUCGAAUAUAAAACUUGAUUAAUGAGAAACUCAAGAUUAAUAAUAAGCACACUCGCGAUGCAGACGUUUUUCCAAAUAUCC